AAUGUGGCCAUUACAGAACCCUCAUGUUUACAAGACGCAAUGAAUUCAGAAUAAUGGAAGACUACAAUGCAGGAAGAGUUGAACAUGUUUGAGAAAAAUGCAAUAUGGAAGUUGGUUGAUAGACCUACCAAUAAGAAUGUUAUAGGGGUCAAAUGGGUGUAUAAAGUGAAGUUAAACUCAGAUGGCUCCUUGAAUAAGUGCAAGGCAAGAUUGGUAGUCAAGGGAUACUCACAACUUGCUGGUAUUCACUUUACAGAAACAUUUGCUCCUGUUGCCAAAUUUGAUACAAUCAGAUUGUUGUUUGCAAUGGCUACUCAGAAAAGUUGGCUUAUUUACCAACUGGAUAUGAAGUCAACUUUCCUAAAUGGAAAGUUGAAAGAGGAGAUAUAUGUUGAGCAACCUGAUGGGUAUGUGAAAAAAGGAGCUAAACAUAAAGUUUAUUUGCUAAAAAAGGCUUUAUAUGGCCUGAGGCAGGCCCCGAGAGCAUGGUAUGGCAAAAUAGAUAACCAUUUGCUCAGCUUGGGGUUUGAGAAAAGCAUUGAAAAGGCAACACUUUAUGUAAAAGAGAAGGGAGCAGAUUUGAUCAUUGUUUCUAUUUAUGUUGAUGAUUUGUUGGUCACUGGCAGUUGUGAAGCUAUGUUGUCAGCAACUAGACCAGAUAUCAUGUAUUCUGUUAGUGUUCUCUCAAGGUUCAUGCAGUCACCAAGUGAAAUGCACUUGAAAGGAGCCAAACAUGUUCUUAAAUAUGUGAAAGGAACUAUCGACUUCAGGGUGAUGUAUUCAAGAUCAGACGAGAUAAAGUUACUUGGUUUUACUAAUAGUGACUGGGCAAGGUCUGAAGAUGACAUGAAAAGCACCUUGGGUUGUUGUUUUUACAUCGGUUCAGGAAUGAUCAGUUGGUGCUCAAGAAAACAAGAUGCAGUAGCACAGUCAACUACUGAAUCUGAGUAUAUUGCUGCUACUGAUGCAGCAAAUCAGGCAAUUUGGAUGAGACAAGUGAUGCCUGACUUGAAGCAUGCUCAAAAGGAACCCACUGUGAUCCUUUGGCAACACCAUUUGAGGUAUUAUAUGGCUAGGCAUCCUCUUCACAUUCCAUAUAUCCCAGCUUGGGGAUUAGGCAUACUUAAAGCUUCAGUCAUUCUGACAGUUGUCUCUUCUACAACAAAGACAACACAAGUUGUCCCCUCGGUAUUGGUGCAUAAUGUGUUUCAUGUCUCUUUACUCAAGAAGAAAGUGAGUCAGGCUACAAUAGUUAUUCCUCUUGCCUCUUUGUUACCAGAUGCUCUGCCAGUAUAUGAACCAGAGGUUGUUCUUGAUCGAACCAUUAAGGCUAAUAACAACAAGCCUCAGACCAUGUGGUUAAUCAAGUGGAAGGGUCGUGGUAUUGAAGAGGCUUCUUGGGAAUCUAUUGAUGAUAUUCAGUUGCGUUUUCCUUCCUUCCACCCUUGAGGACAAGGGCUGUUUAAGGGAGGGGAUUGUUACAGGACUAGAAAUAAGACAAGUGACGUGGC